UCGCUCUCUCCUUUCCUCCUUACUCUCUCUCUCUCUCUCUCUCUCUCGCUUCACUCCUUUUUCAAUCGUUUCUUUCUUAUUCUUUCCUUUCAUCUUUGUUCCACAGAGCUCUCCGAGAGAGCCUCUUUUCUCUCGCUUUUCUCUCUCUCUCUUUUCUUUCUCUCUCUCUCUCUCUCUCUCCCUCUCUCGAUCUCCCUACCAUGCUCCAAGCCAAAACUCAACUAGUCCAAUUGGAGCCGUAACUGUCGCUCAUUCUCUUCCCCUCUCUCUCCCGACCAAUUGCACUGGCUGUGAUACCCUCAUUGUUCCACCAUGCAUAGCACUCAUCUCCCGGUUUCAGCUGCUCGUGCAAUCGCGCAGGAUUUGGACCGCCCCCCCACGAGAGCAUCCAACACUGAUCUGCCUGAGCAUUCCCUCCAUAUGCGCUCGAGAUCAAUUGCCCUGGCCCAGACCCCCAGACGCCUCUCGGUCUUUAGUGGACGCUCUCGCAGCAACACCACGACCUCGACAACUCCCUCCACCACUUCCUCCCGUCGCUCACCGGCCUCUUCCAUGACCUCCAACGAUACGGCUUCCCUGCCCCCGGCCCACGAGGACCGAACCGCUUCGGCCGCGGCCAUGCGGCACGAACGCCAGGAGAGUGUAACCAAGUCGCUUUUAUUGCGUGGAAGCCGCAUCCUGCGCCGUCAGGGCAGCAAGUUCAAUAUCGUGGCCACCCUGGACGAAGAAGAAGAGCUCGAACGGGACAAGUCCCGCUUCGAAGUCUUUGGUCGCCAUCAUAAAUCGCGCUUCAAUGAUUCUCAUGAGCAAAUGAAGCGUCUCAUCUCCGACCCUUUUGAUUUCCAUCACCUGACUCACACAAGUCCCGCCCAAUUUCAUGCCCUGGAUCAGACCCAACAGAAUGACCUGGUGACCGAAUUCUCCGCCAUUCGCGCCUCGCAGAAACCUGUCGCCAACCUCAAAGGCAUCCGAGCGGAUGACCUGCACUUUCGGGGCUUUUCAUCGGAGGAUCUCACAGGCUCCGAGACGGGCCAAGACAAUGCUACUCCUUUCCCUCCUGUCAGUCCACCAGCCUCUCCCGGCGGGUCGUCGUCAAUCAGUCCCAAACAACCCGACAACAGGCCAAGAGACUCGCGCACCUUUGAAAACUUUUCGCGCCCCGUACCGAGGUACCCUCGAACCGAGCCGUCCGCUUCGCCCCCGCGAGCGAGCUCCCCGACAUUGGCCUCCUCUCCGGAGAUCCCAGAGCCGGCGCCGCGAGCGAUUGAUGAAAUCCUCGGCCUAACGUCUCAGCCGACGUAUCCCGAGCAUGUGUACUCAACGGAUGAUGAGUACGAGCACAGCGCCUCCCUGGCAACAACCCUCCCUUUUGAGGGUAUGUUUCAAUCCAGCCCGGGCCACGCCGUCACUACAGGCCCUGGCGCCGAGCCCGCGGAUCCGAGGACACGAUCCUCCCUGACGAGUCCAUCAUCGGAGCUCGAGGAUGUGCCGGAGGAAGAAGAGGCAACCCAUUGGCACGACAGCCCGCCGCCGCUUCAGUCUGCAGAAGGGAUGCAUUUCCGCACCUCGUCCGGCCUUGACUCUUUUACUUUCCAGCCCGUUGAAACUCAGCCCCCCGGCAACACGGCCCCCAGGACCCACCGAUCCAUUCAUGUGGCCAAGGAGCUCUCAAUGAAGUUCUCCGAGGCAUUGGGAUCCCCUACUCUUCCCCAAUCUCGCGCAGAGCAGGAGACCCCUGUAGAUGACAAACAACGCCCCGAAGCGCUGCCAAUCCGAAGACAGUCAUCCCUCAGUCGACGAGCCAUUCAUGAGACCAUUUAUGAGUCUUGGGAUGACGAUAUUGACUACUGCUAUGAGCACGCCGCGGAGUCAAAUUCCAACUUUGACUGGACACGCACUUCCCUGGAUGAGUCAAGGAAAGCCGCGGUUGAAGUUACUGUUACCGCUUCGGAUUUGGACGUCGCCUCGACACAGUCCAGGAUGAUGCGCCCCUUAACUCACCCUCUUCACCUCGGUCCCUCGGUGUUGUCCACUCCCGAAUUGGCCCCUAGCCCCUCACGUUCAUUGCCUAGCUCCCGCCUGGCUGUGACCCCAUCCACGACUGGCUACGAGGGUGAAUUCGUUGCCCAAAGAGAUGGAGACUAUUUCCAACCCGUCAGUUCUUCGGUAUUUCCAGGAACCCUGGCCAAACACAUGAACCCCGAUGUCCUGUACGAGGAGUACCUGGCUGCUGAUGCAGAAUCAGAUCGCCACUUCUCGUUUUGCUCGCAGGGCGGGUUCCAGGCCAUAGAGCACCCCGUCUCUCCUCGGAGCAGCUUCUCCCCAAUCAGCAAGUGCAACUCGCAGGAGAGUCUCAUACUAUCCCGGGCCGCAUCGAUUGUCCGUAAACACCGGUCGUCAGUCUCGACCGCAAGCGUCCCUGAACUGGUCCAUAGCCUUGCGAGCAGCCGCGACUUCUCUACCACAGAUUCAAUGCUGUCUGUCGACCACGCUGGACUGGUGCGUCCGGAUUCCUCAUCCCACCACCACCGCCAGACUAAGAGUCUCGCGCGGGAAAUUGAAAGCCAGGUCAUGUCUCGCAUGGACCACAAUGGGAGCACCGAGUUUACAAGGCUAGGAUCAUCCAUCGUCCUUCCAGCUCAUGAUCGCACCAAGUCCACCUCGGAUGGGGAAUCUGUCCCCAUCCUGAGCAGACCUCCUCUCAAGCCUGAGCCUCCGAUGAAAAGCACGCACCGACGUAAAGGUCGAACCUCUUACUCUCUCUUCCCGUCUCCCGCUACUGCAAAUCCCUAGACAGCAGCCAAUUUUUUGUAUCUUGGGAAUGACCCACCUCUCAUUCAUUUUUUUUUUUUUUUUUUUUUCUCUCUCUCU